AUCGAACAUCGAGAGUUUUAAUUUUAACUUUUCCUUUUUCAUUUUUUUGAUUGAAUAAAAAAAGAUAAAUUGUUUGAGUACUGCUGAGCUAUGGGGAGAGGCAAGAUAGUGAUAAGGAGGAUCGAUAACUCGACGAACAGGCAAGUGACUUUUUCGAAGCGAAGGAACGGAUUGUUGAAGAAAGCUAAAGAGCUUGCGAUCUUGUGCGAUGCUGAAGUUGGAGUAAUGAUCUUCUCCAGCACUGGAAAGCUCUACGAUUUUUCAAGCAACAGCAUGAGAUCAGUAAUUGAGCGAUACAACAAAACAGAGGAACAUCAACUGGGGAACCCAACCUCUGAGGUCAAGGUAUUCUCUGGUACUUAAAACCUCAAAUUUCCUGUAUUUUACCCUUUAGAGCAUGACCAAUAAGUAGUUUUAUUAUCAGUGAAUUUGCUUGCAUUUGCUUCUAUUGGAUAAAGAAAAGAUGACACUGCAAGGCUAAACAAAUCUCUACUCGAUUUACCAAACCUUGCAUACCUGGAAAUUUGUUCUGAGAAAUUCAACAUUCCCAACUUUGCAUAUACUGUUUUAGCCGAACAAAAAAUAGAACCAGUUGAGAAACAAACAAGACUUUUUCCAGGUUGGCAGUGGGUAGAAGGUACUGACACAGAAGUGCUUGCAAAAAUUUGUAGCUAGACAUUUCUUUCAGGUCUACAUUUCAUGCAACUAUUAAAAAUAACUUGGCAGCACUAGAACCUGAAAUGAUAAUUGAUUUAGAUACAUUCCAUUAACUCUUCUGAGUGUUGGAAAAGGAAUGACUAAUUGCAUGCAUGCACUAAAUUGCCAUGCUAGGACUGUUGUUCUCAUGGCUACAGGAUGAUGGAAAGAAUAAGAAUAAGAUAGAAAUUGGAAAUCAAGGAAAAGAAAUGAGGGCACAGGGUGUACAUCAGCAACAUGACAAAUGCUAGGAAGCAGAUUAGUAGCUAAUGGUGAGAUCAUGGUAAAUAGGAAUCAUUUUGAGUAACCCAACACUUCGCUUUUUCCACAGUAUGGCUAGGAAACAUUUAAAUUAACUUUGGUUCAUGCAUCUCAUCAAAUUAUACAAUAAUGUUUAUAAAAGCUAAACCAUGUACCUGCUCAAAUUUAUGUUUAAGCUGCGACUAAAUCUUUCUUUGAUCAUAUACCCACCAAAAUCCUCCUUUUUCUGGUACGAUGUAAUUUGUAAAAGACAGGCACAAUUAGCAAGAAAUUUUUUUGCAACUAAUAAAAAACAAACACCAUGAUGAGAUAAUUUCUAGCUAUGCUAAGAUAAUUUCUUUAUCUUUCCCUUGUGUUUAAAUCACUUAAAACCUACUUUAUCUUUCUCUUCUGUUUAUAUCAUUAUAAGUUCGUUCGAGCUGAUCCCCUAAUAGGGUCUAUUAACAAUUCAACAAGCAGAUACCUUAAAAAAUAGGAAAAUCCUUACAAUUACCCAUUUCCCUAAGGACUUAAUUUUCUUGAGAAGCCACCUCUUCAUCUCUUUUAUGCCUCAAAAAUAGACCUUGUCAUUGCUUGCUUCUAGGCCAAAUCCACAGAAUCACCCAUGAUCUCUCUACUUCGGAAUUCAUAUCUCUACCUCUUUAUCUUUUAAACUUAUUAGCAGUGAUAUACAUAGAAGAUAGAUUUCUCCAAUCUCCAAAUAGAAAUCAUAUUACUCUAAGAAAAAAGUUUGUAAUUUGUAACAUCCAGAAGAAAAAAAAAAUCCAUGGUGCAUAUAAAUUUCACAUGGCAUUUUGAAAAGUUGUUAGCUCUUAAAGCCUACAGGCUAAGUUGCUUGAUCACGCAAUCUAAAAAAUUAGGGGUGUUUUAAUCUCUUUGCCCAUUAACGUCUCAACAAGCAGUUGCAUUAAAACAUAGGAAAAUCAUUACAAUUACCCCUAUCCUAAAGGCUUAAUCAAUUUUCUUGAGCAGCCAUCUCUUAAAUCUCUUUAAUGCCUGAAAAUUGGAAAAAGCCACCUCUUUUAUGCCCUUUUAAACUUUUUACCAGUGAUAUACAGAGAAGCUAGAAUUCUCCAAUCUCUGAAUAGAAAAUCAUUUUACUCACAAGACGAAAGUUUGUAUUUUGUACUGUCUAUAAGAAAAGGUAUCUAUGGUGCAUGUAAAUUUCACAUGGGAUUUUUAAAAGGUGUUAGUUCUAACAGCCUACUUGCUAAGUUGCUUGACCAUGCAAUCUAAAAAAUCAUCAGUGAACUACCUUAAAAAAUAGGAAAAUCAUUAUGAUUACCCCUUUACUAAAGACUUCAUCAAUUUUCUUGAGCAGCCAUCUCUUCAUCUCUUUUAUGUCUCAAAGCAGGCAAAAGCUGCUUCCAACAAAUCAUAUUCAAGGACAGCUCCAAAGUCGACUACUUAUUCCAAGGGCAAAAUAAACAUUGCAAUUCCUUGUUUCUAGACCAAAACCAAAGACUCAUCUAGCCUUCUCCAAUAUCCAAAUAAAACCAAUAUUUCUCCAACAAGAAAUUUUUAACUGUCCAAGAUCCAGAAGAAAGAGCAUCUAUCAGAGCAUAUAAAUUUCACAUGGCAUUCUGAGCUGUAACAGCCUACUAGCUAAGACGCUGGAUCAGGUAAUCUAAAAAUCAGGGGCAUUUUCAUCUCUUUGCCUGUGAAUGUUUCAACAAUUAGUUACCUUAAAAAAUAUUACAAUUACAGCUUUCCUAAAGACUUCAUCAAUUUUCUUAAGAAGCCAAUUUCUUCAAUCCCUUUUAUGCCUCAAAAUAGGCAAAAGCUGUGUCCAACAAACCAUAUUCAUAGACAGCUCCAAAGUCAACAACAUAUUCCAAGGGCAAAAUACACCUUACCAUUCCUUUCUUCUAGUCCAAAUCCAGAGACUCAUCUAUGAUCUAUCUACUUUGGAAUUCAUCUCUCCCCCUCUUUUAUGCUCUUAAACUUUUUACUGGUGAUUUAAAUAAAAGCUAGAAGCCUUCUCCAAUCUCCAAAAAGAAAUCAUAUUACUCCAGGAAGAAAGUUUGUACUUUGCAAUAUCCAAAAGAAAAAAGCAUCUAUCGGUGCAUAUAAAUUUUAGAUGCGAUAUUAAAACAAUGUUAGCUCAAACAGCCUAAUUUUACAUGAUAAGUUGCUUGAUCAGGCAAUCCAAAAAUUAGGGGUUUGUUCAUCUCUUAGCCUAUUAAAGUUUCAACAAUCAGUUACCUUAAAAAAUAGGAAAAUCCUUACAAUUACCCUUUCCUGAAGACUAUCAAUUUCCAGAUGCGAUCUCUUCAUCUCUUUUGUGCUUCAAAAUAGGCAUACACUUCCUCUUAAAAAUCAUAACCAUGGACAGCUCCAAAUUCAAAAUAGAUGUUGACAUUCAUUGCUUCUAGUCCAAUUCCAUGAUCUAUCAACUUUGGAAUUCACAUCUGCACCCUUUUUAUGGUUUUAAACUUUUUACUGGUGACAUAAAAAGCUAGAAGCAUUCUCCAAUCUCCAAAUAGAAAUCAUAUUACCAAAAGAAAGUUUGUAUUUUGCAAUAUCCAGAAGAAAGAGCAUCUAUUGGUGCAUAUAAAUUUCACAUGGGAUUUUGAAAAGUUCUGGCUCUAACAGCCGACUUUUACUUGCAAAGUUGCUUGAUAAGGCAAUAUUAAAAAAAAAAAAAA